AUGUCAUCAGAGGAUGCCCAGUUUGAGGAUGGGGCGUUGGCAACAGCCGCUGCCGACCGCCUGCUGGCGCAGCGCGACGGCGUCGCCAACUGGCCAGCGUAUUCUGUGAGCAAUGGGAUCAACGGCUGGGUCAAGCCUGUGCCAGAGUGCUCCUGGACCGGCAUCACUUGCGACCCCUUCAACGGAACGGUUGUGAACUUCAAGUGGGGCUGCUGGGUGAAUGAGCAGGUGGCGGGCGCGCUCCAGCUGGACGGCCUGUGCGGCACACGGGCGCAAGGCACGCUGGCGGCGGCGCUGGGCGGCAUCAAGACCAUGCAAACUCUGGAUUUCACCAACCAGAGCUUCUCAGGCAGGUACCUGCAAUGGAACAACCUCUCAGGCCCGCUGCCGCUGCUGUGGGGCAACCCCAACGGCUUCCCCGCCCUGACCGGCAUGGAGCUGAGCCACAACCGAUUGAACGGCACGGUGCCCCCCAUCUGGGCCUCUGGCCUCCAGUCCCUGGAAACCCUCUACCUCUUCUCCAACCAGCUCACAGGUGACCACGCCUCCCCCUCCAGCCAGCCCACCAGCAACUGA